AUGUCGUCCGCAGCCACCAUGUCAAAGUUCCUCACCCAGGUCAAGGUCACCAUGGCCCCCUUCGCCCCCGCCUCAAAGUCAUCAAAGAUCUUCCUGUCAAGGAUCAUCACUAACGACGCCAUUGCAGCCAACCCCGCCUUGAAGAUCGUCACCGAGUCCCAUGCUGAUCUCAACAAGCCCCCAGUCAUCAACGUCACCUACAAAGACGGCAAGACCCUCCAGCUCCUGACCGGCGAUAUGAAGGUCAACGAUGUCCUUCGUCAGGUCGGAAAGCACGCCAGGAAACUUCAGGAGAAGGAGGACGCCUCAGCAUAA